AUGAGUUUAAAUUACACGACAAAAUUACAAUACUUAUUUGGAAUCAUAUUAUUACUUGGUAUUGUCCAUUCAUUAGUAUUUGACCAAGCUAAAGUUGAUUGGAUAUUUAGUAGACAAGCUGAUGCUUGGUUAACAAACUUAAGAUCUUAUUCUACUAUUUAUGAAUAUUCUCAAAUAGAAGGUACUCCAGACAAAUCCAAGUUAUUUUCAAAUUACAAAACAGCUUCCAAUGAAUCAAUGGUUUUAUUUGAAGAAAAUGUUGAUCAUCUCUUUGACUAUUUCUUUUAUGGAUUUGGAGUGGAAAUUGUUGAGUUUGCUACACAAAGUAAUACUACUGUUGACGAAAAUGACUUCAAAUUCAAAAGGAUUAAUAGGAAAAAAAUAAUGGACAAGCUUAGACAAAAAACCCAGUUUAAAAACAAUAUCAGAAGCUUAAAAGAAGAGAAUCCUGAUGAAAAUAACAAUAGGUUAAAUAUCCUACAAACUUCCUUUUAUUGGCCAAACGAGACAGAGAAGUGGGCUAAGAUUAGUUUCUUAGAGUCUGGUUCGAUUACAGAAACUAAUUUUACUAUGAGUACCUAUAGAAAUGAAACGGGACUUUUGACAAAUCCAAAAGAAUUAGUCCUUGUAUUUGAGGUUUUGGAAGAUAAUGCUUUUAGAUGGGGAGGUAAUUAUGUUUGCCAGGAAUUAGUACAAGAACAACUUUCUACUGAAUCAAAUCCUCCUUCUUACAUCCCAAGUGAAACUCAAAAAGCUAAUGUUCUUGCAAAAAAAGGUCAAACAUUAUGGUAUGGAUUUUUAGUUACCUAUCCUGAAGGCCAAAUGACCAAUAUUGGAAGUUUUGCUAGCCCAGGACCAGAAACCACUGAUGAAAAACUUCUUAUGCACAUCUUUUCCAGAUACUUUGCAUUUACAGAACCUUUCAUCAAGCAAGGAAAGUAUCCUGAAAUUGGAAAAUAUGAUGGUGUUAUGUCUAUCGUUAGUGAUACUGGAGUCAUUAGUACAGGAAGUACAUUUUAUUACCUUAAAACUGCCACAAUCUCAUCACCUUCAAAUCCUGGGCUUGUUGUUCCUCCAAAGUUCACGGGAAGUGCAGACAAAUACCCAUCCAAGCAUGAUCCCUAUGACUUCCAAGAUCCACUAGGACCUUUAUUUGUACCUGGAAAACACUGUAGUGAAUUUUUGUUAAAUCACUAG